UGCCUUGUUUCCUGUUCCGAAUUGUCAUGUUAGAUUGCCUACGCUCUAGAUAUGGUGUUGAUCUUCUUUCUGUCUUUCUGUAUAUUGCCAUGCAGCGGCUAUAAAGCAGUCAACUCUAUCGUCAGUCAACAGGCAGCGAGCACCUGCCUUGUCGCCUUGCCCUCGAAUCAUACGAGAUACACAGCUCGAAUCGCUCGUCAGAUUUACACUGUCUCGCCUUCUCAACUACUUUCGAACGAAAACGAGCUUCUUAGAAACUGCACGGUUGUAGCUGUGUUUGUACGCUUUCCGCCUCUUUCAACUCGUCGUAUCAAAAACGAUGUCGCAGCUCAAUUCGUAGAGCCUGACAGUAACGAUGGACGAAAAUGGCAUCUCGGAAAGCCAGUACUCGCUAUUUCGGCACCGAGAAAGUAUGCUGAGUUGCACUUGAGAGUCUGGCUCAACUGCAGUUUCGUGGAGUUUCCAACAAGAAAUGUUUGGCGUGUAGUUGAAGCGUGCACUUCUGGAGAGCUGCAAGUAGAUCAGUCUGUUGUGUCUCUUCAAAAAAAGAGAGUGAGAAGAGAAAAUGGAAAUGACGACGGUCAGGAGAAGAGUUUAGCGGGAUGGAAACAUGUAGUUCUGUCCUUCAUGUUAAUCCUCUCUUUCACCAUUCUUCUAGCCAUGUGUGCUAAGAGUAAGAGCAAAGACAUCACAAGUGUAGAGAAUUGUGAGGUAGUAGAUGAAAAAGCAGCAACAGAGAAAAUUAAUUUGCAAAAGGGUGAUGAUGUUGGUGCUAGAAAUGAAUUAGGUGAGAAUACAGAAAGAGAGGUAAAUGAAAGAACAAAGGCAGGAGGUAUGAGUGAAGAUGCUAUGAGCAAAACAAACAGAGCAACAGCACAUGAUGCAGGUGACCAGACAUCUAUAGGUAAGGUGAAUGUGGAUGAAAAUGAGCAGAGGGAUGAGGAGAAGCAGGAGGUGCAGAUGAGUGAUAGUGGAGCUUUUGUUGUUUCUAAACAUGAAGUGUUUUCUGGUGAUGGAUAUGCUAAAGUGAGAGCAUUCAGCAACAAUGCUGACUGUGUAGUAAAUGCACAGUCUGACUCAGAAGGUGAUGAACAUGUAGCUGAGACUGAGGCAGAAAAUACUGAAGAUGCUGAUCUUCUACAAAGUAGAGAGUAUCCGUACCCAAAAGUUGCAUGUGAAUCUCAGUCUCAGUUGAAAUCGAAAUUGACUCAUGCAGCAGAUGAAUCUCCAACACAGUUGAAAUCACCUCAAGUGGAAGGGACAUCUAUACCUCCAGCUCAUGUUGUUAGACCUGUAUUUCGAUUUGGGUCUACAGCCAGUAAGUCGACUGCUGAUAGAGCUUCUGCACCUCAACUAGAAGAGAAAGGUUCACAUGUUUUGUCACGCAAAGUUCAACAUCAGGAACUUGUGAAGGAUAUGGGAAAAGAGAGAAAUGGUGCAUCCACUGAUAAUCAUUUAGGCGAAGUUCACUUGCCUUCUGCAGCAGAUGCACAGCCAGCUGAAGAAGAUUGGUACUCUACAGCUGAUGUAGAGCCUUCUGAAGAGGAUUGGUACUCAAAGGUUGACAGAAGAGAUGAAGACAUGACAUAUUCAUCAAUUGAAGAUGCAAAGAGUCAAUCUGGCCAGCAGCCACCGCCUUUGCCACCAAUUAAUAAACAUCCCAAGGCUCCUUUUUUGUUUGAAAUAGGGAAGAAAGCAAGUCGAGAUGGACCUCUUCCUCCCACUCCACAAGAUGAUUGUUCUACAAAGCUGAUUGAUAAAACUAAUGACUUUUCAACAUCUGUAUGUGACCAUGCCAGAUCGUUUACGGUGACUGGUACAAUUACUGGUCCCAAGGAAGAUCCUCCAUAUGACAAGCCUUUUAAACGUAGUCAAAGUGAAAAAGAGCACACUGGCUUGGCUGAAGGAAACCACAUCACUGAUAUUUCAGCAUUGUAUUCUAAAGUUGAUCUCAGUAAGAAGAAACGAAAUGUUUCUGUAGGAGAGCAGCAACAUGUCCGGCCUGUUCAGAAUGUUGAUCCAUUGUAUGCUAAGCCUUUCAAACGAGGUAGACAACCUGUGACUUCUGAUGAUGCUGUCACACAAGAUGACACAGCAACAGCACAACUAGCAGAAGAUGGCUAUUCAUGUGUUUCCACAAAGUCUCAGCAACACGAGCCAAACUACUCAGAAGUUGGUCCUGCUGCCAGGUCAGCUCCUGGUUUGAAAGUAAAGCACAGCUAUGAGAUUGUAAGUGAUGUGGCACCAUCUAAACAGAGUGCUAUUCUUGAUGCAGGAUAUGACAGUGUUGGUGCUGGCUCUACAGUGAUGGCAGCUGUAAGUGUACCUGAUCCUGGAUAUGACAGUAUUGGGAAUGAUCUCCCCGGAGGUAAUGCAGCAAAGAAAGAUCCAGACUAUGAGAAUGUAAAUGAAGCAAGAGCAAGAGGAGAGAGUAGUGGACAAGAGGAGGAAACACAAGAACAAGUGGAGCAAACGGAUGUCAGCACUGAAACGGAACUUCCACAACUAGAGCAAGAACCAAACUAUGAUGAAAUUGAUGACGAUUUCCGUGAGCAAAUAGAACUAUACAGACAGAGAUCAGAAAGCAAAGGAGACAGUGAGGGGGGUGAAGUGUUGUGACAGAAAGUUUGGUGAUUGAUAAUUUCUUAAUGGUAAAAGGCCUAUGUACUGCUUACUUGUGUAGUGUAACCUUCUACCGAGUACUAGAUUGCACAAAAACAAGAACUACUUGUAGGUAUAUUUCAUUAUAUUCGAAUAAUUUCAGCACUUAACCUGCUGUGUAAAAAUUAAUAACGUCUAGUCCUA